GUGUUGAGGAACGAUUGUCGAUGUCGCGGCGUUUUGUAUUCAAAAUUCGAUUGUUUAUUAUCGCGAUUUUAUAAAAUAACGCCGUGUUCUAAUGAUGUAUUUUACAUGAAAGUAUAUUUAAGAGUUAUUACUUAAUUUUUUAACGUCUUUUACAAAGUAUGAAGUAUCUUCUAUUUCUUUAAUUAUGUUACAAUAGUGAAAGAUGGACGGAAAUCUCAGUCGUUAAAAAAGCGUGCCGUUUCGAUGAAUAUUUUAAAGGAAUAUGCUUAAAAUCAAGAAAAAUUAAGGAUACUAUAUAUUGUUGUAUGCACAUGUAGAUAUGGCCAGCAAUGAGUCCAGCGUUCGAGUUGCAGUCAGAAUCCGUCCACAAACCCCCGGCGAGGUGGUGGAAGGAUGUGGAGUAUGUGCGCGCGCGGGUGGGCCAGCGGGCGAGGGCGGAGUGGCGCUGGGCGCCGAGCGCGCCUUCACCUUUGACUACGCGUUCGAACCCAGCGCGCCGCAGGAAACCGUCUACGAGACCUGCGUCAGGAAAUUGGUAGAAGCCGCACUCGAUGGAUACAAUGCUACCGUGCUCGCUUAUGGACAGACAGGAUCUGGCAAGACGUAUACCAUGGGCAGCGGGUGGGAGGGCGAAGGGGACGGGGACGAGACCCGGCGCGGCAUCAUCCCGCGUGCCAUCCGGGACCUGUUCGCGGGCGCGGAGCAGAGGGCGGAGGCGGCGCGUGCGCAGGGCGAGCUGCCGCCAGAGUUCUCAGUGCAAGCGCAGUUCAUAGAGUUAUACAAUGAGGAUAUUGUUGAUCUACUCGAUCCGGCCAAAGAUCCCUUCGCUAAAGGAGCACUCAGGAUAACAGAAGACGGUUGUGGUGGUGUGAAGGUGGUAGGAGCAUCAAUGCGUGCGGUCCGAGGCGUCAGGGAUGCACUGGGAGCACUGCACGCGGGCGCGCUUGCUCGAACCACUGCGGCCACAAACAUGAACUCCUCGUCAUCAAGAUCUCAUGCCGUAUUCACACUGUUACUACGACAACGACGAUUGGCCACGGACCAGGAUACAGUGGACAAGGAGGCGGAGGCGGACGCGCCGGAGCAGUACGAGACACUCACCGCCAAGUUCCAUUUUGUAGAUCUGGCCGGUUCCGAACGACUUAAGCGAACAGGUGCAACAGGCGAACGAGCUCGGGAAGGCAUUUCCAUCAACUGCGGGUUACUAGCCCUCGGAAAUGUUAUAUCGGCGCUAGGAGACAAGUCCAGGAAAGUCCUGCACGUGCCCUAUAGGGACUCCAAACUUACCAGGCUGUUACAGGAUUCUCUUGGCGGCAACAGCAACACAGUAAUGAUAGCUUGCGUGUCUCCGAGCGAUCGAGACUUUAUGGAGACGUUAAAUACGCUGAAGUACGCGAACCGCGCGCGCAACAUCAAGAACCGCUGCGUCGUCAACCAGGACCUCACCUCGCGCACCAUACACCAGCUGCGACAGGAGGUCGCCAGGUUGCAGAUGGAAAUCGCAGAGUAUAAACAGGGUAAGCGUGUAGUAUCAGAGAACGGGGAGGAGGGAUGGAGCGACGUGGUGCAGGAGAACGCUAUCCUCACGAGCGAGGUGGAGUCGCUGCGGCGGCGCGUGAAGGCGAUGCAGGGCACCAUCGAGCAGCUCUCCGCCAGGAACAGCGAGCUGGUGGCGGAGAAGGCGCUGGGCACCUGGGCGCCGCGCGACGUCAGUCCAGACGCCACCGACUGCUCCCUCACCACGCUCGUACAGGGUUACGUGACAGAGAUAGAGGACCUGCGCGCGCAGCUGAUGGAGGCGACCGCGCUGUACGAGGCGAGCCGCAAGCGCGAGGCGCGCACGCGACACGACUCGCAACAAGACCCCAACUCCAUACUGGACGACGCCAAGAGGGAACUAUACAAGGAGAAAGAACUAUUGGCUCGUAGUAUGGGCGAGCUGGAGUUCCAGCGCAAGCUGGCCACGCAGGUGAGCGAGAGCGGGGAGGGGCGGGAGGCGGCAGCCGAAGGCGAGGGCGAGGGGGAGGAAAACGGUCAGCCCAUCGGCGAGAGAGAGCGUGCGGAGGGCGAGAGCGCCGGGGACUCCGAGCCCUCCGACCACGACGACGACGACAGAUCUGAUGAUGAAAGGGACGAGGAAAUCGAGGCGGAGACCGCUGGUCAACGCAUGCUGACGAUGCAGCUGGCGGCGCUAAGCGAGGACAUCGACACGAAGGCGCGGCUGAUCGAGCAGCUGGAGGCGUCGCAGCGGCGGCUGGCGGCGCUGCGGGCGCACUACGAGCACCGCCUCGACACCCUGCACCACCAGAUCAAGGCCACCGGCGAGGAGCGCGACAAGGUGCUCGCCACACUCGCUGCGCAAGCGUCGCCCCCUAGUGAGAAGUUAAAGCGCGUGAAAGAGGAGUACGAGCGGCGCGUGUCGGGCAUGGCGCGCGAGCUGCGGCGGCUGCAGGCGGCACGCCCCCAACACCGCCCCCAACACCACCCCACACAUCCCAUACACACUACACGUUUCAAUUCUUUCAUUGUUUUAUUUUAGGUGAAAUUAGUGCAACGAAUGCGAACAGAAGCAAAGCGACACGCACAAGCGGAGGCAGCUAGAGCCAAAGAGGUGGCCCAGUUGCGAAAAGAAUCUCGUAAGAACGCGAAUCUAAUACGGUCGUUGGAAGCUGAAACUAGACUUAAGGAACAGGUAUUAAAACGUAAGCAGGAGGAAGUAUCAUUACUAAGGCGAGGACAUCGGGACAAACUCAGCAGCAAAGCGGCAGGAAGACUUCAUGAUGGGUCCCGAGGUCGUUCACGUAUCUCAAGUCGCGAGGCGUGGGCGCGCAUCGAGUGCUGGGUGUCGCGGGCGAGUGCUGCGCGCGCCACGCUGGCCGAGCUGGAGGCCACGCUGGAGGCACAGCUGCGCCAGCGGGACCGCGCCGCCGCCGACCCAGCCGGGCCCGACGCCACCGCCCUGCUCGCCUACCUGCGCGAGGCCAUCGCCGACACGCAGCAUCAGAUCAUGCAGAUAGAGGAGGAGAACGAGGAGACGGAGCUGUGUCGUGUGCUGGAGCAGGUGACGAGCGCGGAGGCGGGGCGGUACGCGCUGCAGCGGCUGGCCGCGCUCGCACUCACGCACGCGCACGACGCCGCGCGCACGUUGCGCAUGCUGCGCGACACGCGCGCACAGCUCGCUGAGAUGGAAGAGAAAAACGAUCGUUUGACGAAUGCUCUAAAGUCAUCUAAUACGAACGGUGACCACAACCUGAACCCGUGGGGCGUACCGCCGCCCGCGCUCGCCGCCCUGCUCGCCCACGUCUCCUCCGGCACCUCCACGCGUUCCGUCUCACCUUCUGACAGUGCUUUGCUAGAGCGGCCGCCGGUGAGUGGGGCGCGAGAGUCGAGUACGGCGCCCGCCUCGCCGCCCGACGACAACAGCAACUCGCCAUUCCAGCGUAACACGGCAAGACGUGGUUCGGUGCGUUUACGUGAUCUGGGAGUGAUAGGUCGUGACGAGGACCCCAUGUCGCAGUCAAUGGUGGAGCACACGCCGCCGCGCCCCGCCCCGCUCAGCCGUGUGCCCAGCGCGCCCGGCAGCCUGAGAGGACUGACACCGAUGAACUCUGCGCCGCUGUCGUCCCCGCUGACGUCGCGCCGCCCGCCGCCCGAGAGCCCGCGCCCGCUGCGCCGCCAGCACAGCCUCGCCAAGCCCGCCUCCUUCGCGUGCGCAGGCGCUGGCUCGGGCGCGCUCGCCACGCCCCCCGCCUCGCCCGGCGCCGCACGACGCGCGCGCGACGACGAUGUCUUCCUGAGACUGGCGGGCGCCGCGCACGACAACUCACCCCAAGGCGUCGUUAGAGAACUACCAUUAAAACAACGAGUAAGUAUCGGAGCUGGGGGUGGGGGCGGCUCCGGGGCGUGGCUGCAGUGCACGCACGUGGCGGAGGGGCACGUAGGCGCCGCGCUCUGCCUCGCCGCCACGCACUCGCUGCUCUACAGCGGUGGUGUCGAUCGCACUGUGCGCGGCUGGGACUUGACGGCGGGGCGGGAGGCGUGGCGCGGUGGGUGCGGGGCCGCAGUGGCCGCGCUGGCGGCGCCCGGCCUGCUACUUGCCGCCGCGGGGCCCGCCGUGCGCGCCUUCGACACUCGGCUCGGCACGCCCGUCGCCACCUUGUGGUCUUCGGGGGGCGUGGGUCCUACGGGCGCGGCGACGUCGACUCGCGGUGAGACCGCGGUGACAGCGCUGGCAGCCGCCGACGCGCACCGCCUCUACACCGCUGCCGGUGACCGUCUGCGACUCUGGGAUCUUCGCAUGAUGGAGUGUGUGAGCAAGUGGUGGUCAGGUCACGCGGCGGCGGUGAUGUGCCUAGCCGCGGCACGAGCCGGCCGCGGUGACCGCCUGGCCACGGGAUCGCGAGACCACUGCGUGCGUCUGCUAGACCUCGCGCCUAACGACACUGGUUCAUGGGAGAUCAGCACGCGGAGGUUGCUGGAGCCGCCGCACUACGACGGCGUGCAGGCGCUGCUGCUGGCCGGCGAGCAUCUGUACAGCGCCUCGCGCGACUCCGGCCUCAAGUGCUGGAGCCUCGCUGACGGCACUCUCGCACAUAGCGUGAUGAACGCGCACAAGGGGUGGGUGACGGGCGUGUGCGGGGCGGGCGCGGGGCGCGUGGCGAGCGUGGGGCGCGACCAGACCCUGCGUCUGUGGAGCCCCGCGCUGCGCCCCGCCGCGCACCCCGCGCCGCUGCCCGACGCCCCGCACGCCCUCGCGCCGUACCGCGCCGCCGCUCUCUGCACCGCCGCCAGCGGCGGCGAAGUGCGUGCCUGGCGGAUCGUCGACGACCAGUGACCAGUGACGGUCGCAUUCGCAUCUGGCAAGUGCGGCAGUGCAGGUGACAGCGCGGCCCCGCCACCUCCCCGCGUCGCGCCUGGCGGUGACCUCCGCACACUCCGCACACUGGACUGGACACAGCGCACUGGAACGUGUCCUUAAUGCGUACCAGAACGUGUCCCUGACGCGUACGUGACACGUACCCAAAAGUGGGCGUGGCACGUACACGUACCAAUUCCUAUAGGACCGGUACGUUUUUAAUUUCAAAUUAUCAACGAAGGAAAGAAAAAUUGCGACUAUGAUACUGGUAUUAUAAUAUAAAAAAUUUAAAGAUCUGAGAACCGAUACCUCUGACAGUUUUGGUUAUUCUCGGAUACGGUUUAAUUACAUUGUAAAUAGGUUUUAAAAGGCAUUCAAUAUAAGAAUAUACGUCAAUUAAACUUGAAUGCAGGAUUGAUGUAAGAUUAAUUUACUCAUUUGUGUCGUUUUCAAAUGAUUUACUUAUUUGACUUACCGUAGAUUUCUGACACCAAAUCCCCGAUUAAAACAUUUCAUCCGUCAUUAUAUUUGACCAUAUGGAGAUGACAAAAAAUUUUAAUGAUGAUUUGGCGUCAGAAAGCAACGAUUAGCAAUGGUAUGAAGAUAUUGAAAUCUUAUAGGAAUUGUUAAAUUUAGGUUUAAAUGUGUGAUAGCAAUAAUAGGAAAGCUAUUUCUGAGAAAGCUUUAAUAAAUACUUACUGAAUCAAUUCUUAGCAAGCAAAUAAUAUCGAAUAAUUUUAGAAUAUGAACUAAAUAUAUAUGAUAAAUUAGUAGAGCUUUAGCUAAAUGGCUUGAAUAUGUAUUAUUAGCUAUUUACAUUUAUAUAUUUUAAUUCAAAACAGUGUUUCCCAUAUUAUUUCUCAAAUUAACUCUUAACAAUAUUAUAAUGUGAAACAGGACUUUAUUUAUGCUGGAAACACUGGUACAAAAGCAAUGCUUAAAGUUAAUAUUGCACAAAUUAAUUUUAAAUAACAGUUAUAUUUAAAAAAAAAGUAAUUUUUCGAUCGACGUAUGUAAUAAAAAAUUGUAGGAAUUUUAAGAAAUUACGUCUAUGAAUUGACUAUAUAAUUGACAAUACAAUGAACUACAAAAAUUAGAUAUGGCAUAAUGUUUCCUAUAUCACUAACAGUGGGUUUCUAAGACCAAAAUCUCUGUCUUUGUUCUGUGAAAGAUAAUGACAGAGAUAACAAUACAUUUUACACGGAGAUUUUGGUUUCGGAAACCUACUGUUAAUAGCUCAGUAUAAGUUAUGGAGAUCACAUUUAUAAUAAUAUUCUGUGAUUAAUCAAUUAUAUUUUUGUACAUUCCUGCGCUACGGGUAGUCCUAACUUUGUAAUCUCUUGUGUUUGAAGCCAUGGUGUUGCCAGCACUUGAUAUUAAAAUCUCCUCGAAAGUACCCUUCAGUGUUGUUACAUUUUGCUUAUGUUUUUUACAAUUGUGGAUGUCACCGAUCGAUUUUGGAUUUGGUUAAUUUAUAAUGGCAUAAUAUUUCUAUUUGAACACUUGUUAGUAUACAAAGUAUUAAA